CUGUGUAACAUGUUGAACCUUUAAACUCUCUGCUUAGACAAAAUGUGAGCAAUAUUGGCCAGACAAACAAUCCAAGAGUUAUGGUGACGUUAUUGUGACAAUGGUCUCAGAAGUUGUUCUUCCAGAAUGGACAAUAAGGGACUUCAAUGUAGAAAACGCUGACAUACUGGAGAGCCACACAGUGCGUCAGUUCCAUUUCACAUCCUGGCCAGACCAUGGAGUGCCAGAGACAACAGACCUGCUAAUCAACUUUAGACAUCUUGUUCAUGAAUACAGCAGCCAGAAUCCUAUUGACUCUCCUAUUCUAGUGCACUGCAGUGCUGGUGUCGGGAGGACAGGAACGUUUAUUGCCAUUGACCGCCUGAUCCAGCAGAUUGAAAUGGAGAAUACUGUGGAUGUGUAUGGAGUGGUGUAUGAUCUUCGAAUGCACCGACCUUUAAUGGUGCAAACUGAAGACCAGUAUGUCUUCCUAAACCAGUGCGUCAUGGAUAUUAUUAGAUCACAGAAAGAGAAGAAAACAGACCUUAUUUAUCAAAACACAACAGCAAUGGCAAUCUAUGAAAAUUUCACACCUGGACCAGCUUUUGGGAAGGCUAAUGGCUAUCAUGCAUAACCAGGACACAACGCAGUCUCUCCAGGAAUUGUUGUCUGUGCAUGAGAAAGGGAGAUGUUCUUCUUACAUUUUCCAGGAUUGUGUGCAGUGUCUCGUGUCUGGUUUCUCCAGUUCUGUCCUCAUAUGAAGAAGUGAUCUUCUGGAGGAAAAAAGAAGACAAUACUGGCAGGAGCCAUGGAUCGAUAAAAAAGAAAAACUAUUUAAAGUUAACAGAGAAAUUCUGAUUUUUCUUGGGAAUUUAACAGUACUGAUAGGUGAAAUAGCAUUUGCAGUACGAACAAUGAACUAGGAUUUAAAUAUUAAAAUAAUAACACAAGCUUUUUAUUACAAUUUUAUAUGAUUUCAUUUACAGACACCAGGCUUGUGGGCUGUUUUAAUAUAUUUAAUUAUAAGUUUUGGGAACAUAUUUUAUCUGCUGUAUCUGGUUACUUAGCUAAUAGAUAUGUGCCUCUGUGAUUUAUUUUUUUUCUGAAUUUUCCUUUUUAUUUAAAAAAGGAGUACAAACACCUCCUCCAAAUGGACAUUUGUACUUGGAAAUUGUGCCUUUUCUAGUUGCUACUCUAGAAAAAAAAAAAACAGCAAAGAUUCUAUUUUUGUAUUGAAACUCUUAAUGAGAACACAGAUUUUUAAAUAAGGCUUAUGUCAAACUUAACUGUAGUUGCACUGUUGGCAGGACUCUCCAGAAGUUUGGAGGUGAGCUUUGUUUUUGCAUUUCACCACAAAUAUCCCCUGCCUUAAUGUUUCGGUGCCUCUGCUGGAGGAAAAGGAGUGUGAUGUGUCACCCAGAGCUUUAACUGUAGUGAAAAACUGAGCAAGUGUGUACAUGGAUGUGUGUGCAGGGGUGUGUGUGGGUGUGUAUGAAGGACAGAAUAGCUCCUCCCUGUUCCUGGUUGAUAUUCCUGUUUUUAUACAAUGAUGAUUUAUUUAAAGGUGCAAUAUAUGAUUUACUGAAUAAUGAUCGCUCUAUUCUAAUAGAGUUUUACUCAGGUUGGUGUCUUUUUAUCAUUGUUGUUGUUUUUCCUCAGAUGUAUAAAUCUGUGAAAAUGCUGAACUAAGUUUCCAAGUGUCCAAGCGCUCCCAAACAGAUUGACUGGCUUUACUGAUUCUACCAAAAUGAAUUGCACAAAAUUCUGCUGUAAAGACCAAUUUCUUGCUUGUUUUAGCCAUUCAGAACUGAAGCACAUCUUACCCACCUGCAUCUCAUUAACAUAAUGUAAUUGUUUUAUAAUUGUUUGCAAUGUACUGCUGCUGUUAUUUUAACUGGUCCUUUUAAAAACAAAAGAAACGUGCGGAAAACCCAUAGUUGCUGAUUUUGCAAGCCAAGGAUUUGAUGAGAUUUAUUUUGCUGGUACAUGACUGCUAGACUUAUGAAGGCAUUACCAAUGAAGGACUUCUGAAGUACUUUGGAGGGAUGUAGGUUUUUUUUUUUUGAUCUUUGGAUCAUUGCACUGUUUGCAUCGCAAAGGAAUAUGAAGUUUUGGAAUAACGCUAUAGAAGAGCUAUCAAGCGGUGAAAAUCUUGUGAAGGUUUUAAUAACCAGAGUCCCUGGAAUUCUGCUGCU